UACACAGGGCCUAGCAGGGAGGGAGAGGUUCCCUAGGCAGGGCCCAGAGUAGUUUUGGGGUCCUCACUUCAGGCCCCAGGGCAAAGGGGGGGGGGGCCCUAAACAGGGCCUAGUAUGGAGCCAGGUGGGGCCUAAAGUAGUUUUGGUGCCCCCUGAAGAGGACCUGGGGGAUAGGGGACCCUGAAUCAAGAGCUAGUAGGGAGGGGUAUCCCCAGGCAGGCCCAAGGGUUGGGAGGGGGAGCACCCUAAGAAGGGCCUCGUGUACAGGGAGGGGUCUCCAAGCAGGGCCUAGAGUAGUUGUGAGGUCCCCAAGCAGGCCCUGAGGGAAGGGGGACUCCAAAGCAGGGCCUAGCAAGGAGGGAGGGAUCCCCAGGUAGGGCCUAGAGUAAUGGUGGGGGUCUCAGGCAGGGUCUGGGGGUGAGGGAGGUCCCUUUGCAGGGCCUAGGGGCACUGAGGGGUCCCUGGCAGGACCCAGCCUGGCCCAGCUGCCUGCGCUGUCCAGCAAGAGCCUUCGCAGGGCUGGGGUGGCACCGAGGAAACGGAGGGGGAAGAGCCCCUGGCGCUCUCCCUGCUUCCUCUGGGAUUAGACGCAACUCAAGAAGCCACCUUCGAGUUCAUGCAUAAAAGAUCAAUGGAAAUGAUUGCUCGAUAGGGUUUGGAUCAUGCUGUCAUCGUGGGACUUCAGACAUAACAGGAGCAAAAGUAAAGCUCUUCAGCGAGGUAUGGAUCAGCUGCUAUGUACAGACCUGUUGUCACGAUCCCCUGCCCAAGAUCCACCAGCAGAAGGUGCAGUCACAAGUCUGGAGCUGUGUAUGGAGAAGGAACGUCCUUGCCGGACAGGACGGCCGAGAGCAGCCCUGGCCCCCGCAGCCUGAAACUCCAGCUUUGCGCCUUCCGCCGGCAAACACGAAUUAAGAGGGGCGACGAACACGGAGGGAGCGUUGGCUGCCGAUACGAGCCCCAGCAGCGGGCUGUGCUGCUUGCUGUAUGCCGUCGCCCCUGCCGAGGAAGGGCGCUGCUGUCUGCGACGUGUCCGCCGACCAAGUGAACUGGACCGCCUCAGCUGAAGAGCCUGCCCUGACAAGCAGGACCUGCAAGACCACCCUGUUGCCCGCCGGGAGCCUUCUUCCACCCCGGAGCAAACAGUGACAUGUGGAAAGCCUGAGCUGGCUCCCCCUGCCCUCUGCAGCCACCUUCUCUGGGGACACCAUGGACACCGAAGCCGUGCAGCCCCAGGAGGCCUCACUGACAGUCAACGAGCAGGUCAUCGUGAUGUCCAGCCACGAGACGAUCCGCGUGCUGGAGGUCGGUGUGGACGCCCCGCUCCCAGCCGAGGAGGAGCGGAAAGCCUUAGAGAUGCCGGCGAGGGAGGUAGUGCGGGGCUUGCCGGGAGAGACCACUGACCCGGCCAGAGAGGACGUCCCGCCCAGCGCCGAGACCUCGGGCAGCGGGGACGCAGUCUUGACUCAGGAAAACUUAGCAACAGUUGUGACAGGAGUAAUGGUUCCAGCAGGGACAGUUACUCAACCUCUUCUUAUCCCCAUCAGUAUUGCAGGUCAAGUGGCAGGUCAGCAGGGGCUGGCUGUGUGGACAUUUCCUACAGCAACGGUCGCUGCCCUUCCCGGACUGACGGCUGCUUCUCCUACAGGGGGAAUUUUCAAACCGCCUAUAGCCAAUUUGCAAGCUGCCGCCGUGCUGAACGCACCCCCGGCCACGCUGCCGGCCCCGAACCUGCAAGUGCAGGCGGUGACGCCCCAGCUGCUGCUCAACGCCCAGGGCCAGGUCAUCGCCACGCUGGCCAGCGGCACCAUCCAGGCCGCGGCCAUCAAGAAAACCAGCGCCCCCGAGUCGCCGGCCAAGAACGAGGUGAGCGCCAAGUCCAGCGGGGCUGGCGGCAGCAUCGUCGAAGCACGGCAGCAUCCCUCGCCGCGGACACGACGGCUCGCGGAGCGGCGCGCCGUUGCCACCGUGCAACCGUUUCACGUUUUCCCCGCUGUCCCUCGGCUUGCAGAGCCCCAGGCUCCCAACGCCAGCGUCGACGAGGACGGGAUUAACCUGGAGGAGAUCCGGGAGUUUGCCAAGAACUUCAAGAUCCGACGCCUGUCCCUCGGCCUGACGCAGACCCAGGUGGGACAAGCUCUGACGGCCACCGAGGGACCUGCCUACAGCCAGUCGGCCAUCUGCAGGUUCGAGAAGCUCGACAUCACCCCCAAGAGCGCCCAGAAACUGAAGCCGGUGCUGGAGAAGUGGCUGAGCGAAGCGGAGCUGCGCAACCAGGAGGGACAGCAGAACCUCAUGGAGUUCGUGGGCGGCGAACCCUCCAAGAAGCGCAAGCGCCGCACCUCCUUCACGCCGCAGGCCAUCGAGGCGCUCAACGCCUACUUCGAGAAGAACGCCCUGCCCACGGGCCAGGAGAUCACCGAGAUCGCCAAGGAGCUCAACUACGACCGCGAGGUCGUCCGCGUUUGGUUCUGCAACCGCCGACAGACGCUCAAAAAAACCAGCAAACUCAACGUCUUUCAAAUUCCCUAAAAAGAAAAG